GGCACACCUACAGGCCGCGUCAAGGCCCCUGCGCCCGAUCCCGGCCAGCAUUCUGCGACUCCGCUCGCCAGCAGCCACACCGCCCGGCACCACAGCCCGCUGUUUCACCGCUCUUCGACUUUUCGCCGUCCUCAGGACUCAGCCUUCCGAGCGUCUCCAGCAACAGGUGAGCAGGAUGCAGCCCUACAACCAGCAGCCACAGUACGGCGGUGGCCAGUACGGCCCCGGCCCGUACCCCCCGGGCCCCAUGGUGCCCCCGCCCCCGCAGGCGUACCCGCAGCCCGGCUACCAGCCCGGCUACCAGCCUGGCUACCAGCCCGGCUACCAGCCCCAGCCCGGGUACCCGCAGCCGCCGCCGCAGCAGGUGGUGGUGGUGCAGGAGACCAAGCAGGACGACAACUGCUGCGCCCUGCUGACCUGCGGCCUGCUGAGCGGCGCCUGCCUGGGCUGCUGCUGCGACUGCUGCUGCGACUGAAUGUGAUAUCCACCUGUUGUGUGUGUGUGUUUGAGUGUGUGUGUCCGCGUGUUUGAGAGAAUGGGCGAAGAAGAGAGAGUGAAAGGGCUGUAUCAGUAUUGGUUACUUUGUACGCAAGCGGUCUGAGAAAGCCUGCGAGCGAGACUACGUCACAAAUGUUAAUUCUUUUUGUCUUUGUUUUUAUUUUUUAUUUUUUUGUGAGAUCAAGUGGCAGUGAAUUUACGUAAUGAUCGUGAAGCUCGUCCCACGCGGUCAGAGACGGCGCCGGUCGGUGUACAGUCUAGUAUGUAGUGCUCGAGGACUUUGCCGCGCCACCGGCCGCGGGGUGGCAUUCGCGUCCUCACGUCCUCCGCUCAAAGCCCGCGCCCGUGGCUCGCGUUGGGCCCUUUGUCCACCAACCGUCCUCCCACGACGUGUAUGCCUAAAGAAAGACUGGACAUUUGCCUGCUGUGCGGGCCGAAAAUGUUUACUGUAUUCUAUUUGUCAGAAGUUAGUGUUCUUUGGCACAGGAAGACCUCACUGGUAAAGAAAAGAUCGGACAUAUUGUUCAAUCGUUGGUGCCUUUAGAAAGGCAUUGCGUGUCCUAAAGUCAGUACAGUCAGAAUUUCCUUACCGUAUCACGAGUCCGGCGGUUUUUUUUUACCGGUGUUAUCUUCCUGUGCAGCGCAGAAACGCAAAUGCCGUGCGUAAAAAAGACGGUACGUUGAUGGUCUAUGUCGAGCCAUGCAAUGUAUUGUCUCGUCUUGGCAUCUCUGUUAUUAAGCCGAUGGUGAGCAUCUAGUCAGUCGAACCCCACGAGUUUUUGUGAACUCGGGGAUCCGGUUAGAUCCCAACUGUAUGUGCGUAGCACCUGCUAGUGAGACUGAGAAGUUGUGGAGUUUCCCCCUCUUUCGCCUCUCACUUGUACUUGCAUUCCUACCUCUGACGCUUGCCGUCCUGAGAGGUGUAUUCUUGUGUCUACUGUCUCCGUCUGUUUGGACUUCCCCAGGGAGUAGAUGCACUUUUAGCAGUGAAAUGUUUUUAUUAUUUUUUAAAAUGAAAACCAUUUAUUGUAAAUUAUUGUCGUAGAGGGGAACUAAAUUUUUGUGAUCUUUCAUUCAACAGUUGUUUUUUUUCCUUUUUUUUACAUUUUGUCAAAUCAUUAUCAUUUUCUUGUGUAUUUAUCAUAUGUAAUUUUUCAUCUAGGAAAGUUUUCUAUAGUAGCUUGACUAGUAUAUUAGAACCUUUGUACAUGUCGAGCUAAUGUAAGCGAUAAAAGUCCAAAACCUUGUAAAGGCCUCGUUUUUUACUACCCUUAUUUCUUUUCGGCAAGCAAUAAAGUAAGGUAAAUGUA